UUAUAAAAAGAGACAAAGAGCUGAGGUUGGGUCAUAUGUUUUAAAAAUUCAAAAUACCAUGCUGUAUGUUUUUGUUUGGUAUCCCUUACAUGCAUUCAAUGAGAGAUUUAGUCUAUUCUUUCAUGGGAAUUCGGUUAGUAUUACUAUGUUUUCUUACCUUUCACUUUCAUUGGACACACAAAACAUUUAUUUAACAGUACAUAACCUUCAGGCGUUAAAUUGAUUUAUUUUUACUGGUAUUUGUAGAAUAAGAUAUUGAUUAUAUACAGUAAUUAGUGUGGUCAUUUGGAAACCAAAAUCUUGUAAACAUGGAUGGUUCUAAAGCAAGAGUAAAACCUCCAGAAAAAUUGAAAGGGGUUGAUAAAAGAAGAAGAAGUAUCACCCUGACAACAGAAAUGUUAAAAGAAAGACAGAAUCAAAUUCGUGCUAGCAAAGAAGCCAUGAAAGCAAGAUUAACUGACGAGCACCAAUACAUUCUAUCAAUUUUAGCGUUUAAAACUGAUCUAACUAUGGAUACAGUUCUUGACUUUAUUGUGGAAAAUGAAGAGAGUAUAGAUUUGAUGAACAAUUUUUUCUUACCUGGUGGACGAAGAUCUUUGCUUUUUUAUUAUCAGCAGUGUCAGGAGGGAAGUAACACAGAGUUACGUACAAGAGCUAUUCAACAUACACAAGCGGAACAUCCUCUGCGAUUAUUUAUUACGGACGGAACAACAAAACCUCUAACUGGCCUGCUUCUAUAUUUUAUUCGUCCAAGCAAUUUAAAAGAGUUGAAAGUGAGAAAUUUAGCUGAGGAAGUUUGUUUUGGUACCAUGGAUUGUUCUGAUGGUUGUGGUAUUUUACAUGCCUUGGCUAAGAUCAUGUCCAGUAUUUAUUCACCAGCUGUUCAAGCACUCAAAACAUGGGGUGAUCUUGACGAAACUCCCCAGGGACUAUUUGCAAAAAAAGAAUUUUUAAAAUCCUUGGGUUCAUUUACUCAUUUUAUUGAUGCCACCCAUAUGGCUCUUAGUGAUUCGAUUGAAUUGAAAGCCUGUGAAGCUAUCAAUGUUUAUGAAUACAACACUACUGCUCAAUUUCUGUCUGUGGUGAACAAUCCAGAACUUCUGCAGCAAUUAGAGGAGCUUAUUCAAGUUUGGUGCAAACAAAUUGAACAGGUACUUGCAGAGAGUGAGCAGAUGAGAAAAGAAGCAGAUGACACUGGACCCAUUGCAGAACUUGAACACUGGAGACAAAGAAGAGCAAAAUUUAAUUCUUUGUUAGAUCAAAUAAAGAGUAAACAAUGUAAAACUGUCAUUGGUAUCCUUCUGCAUGCAAAGUCUAAAGUUUUGAAGACAUGGAAAGAAUUGGAUAAUAGAAUUACUGAUGCUGCAAAUGAAGCGAAGGAUAAUGUGAAAUAUCUUGAUACAUUGGAAAAAUCAUGCCACCCUCUAUAUCAGAGUGAUCCGGUCAAAAUGAUCACAGCUAUUCCGAAAUUGAUUGGUGCUAUCCAAAUGAUUCAUUCAACGUCGCAGUAUUACAACACUUCGCAAAGGAUGACUUCACUUUUUAUUAAGGUAACAAAUCAAAUGGUCACAGCAUGUAAACAGUAUGUUACAGAUGGCCAACUGAAUAGAAUUUGGGACCAGCCACGUAAACCAUUGAUUGAAAAACUAAAUGCUUGCAUUACUUUGAAUCGAGAAUACCAAAACUGUUUCCAAAAAACCAAACAAAAGAUUGAAGAGGACCCUUUGGAGAAACCUUUUGAGUUCUCAGAGAUGUAUAUUUUUGGAAAAUUUGAUACAUUUUGCAGGAGACUACAAAAAAUCAAGGAGUUAAUGACUAAUCUUGAGAUUUACAGCAUUUUACAUGUGUCAAAAAUUGAGGGUAUAGAUGUUUUAGCUGCAAGAUUUGAUAACAUAUAUAAAAACAUGCAGAAGAAAAAUUAUGACGCGCUGGAUCAUAGAAAAACUGACUUUGAUUACGACUUUAAAGAAUUUAAAGAAAGAAUUGAAGAGCUGGAGUGUCAACUCCAAAAUUUUAUGGAUGAUUGUUUUGAAAAACUAACGUCAACAAUCCAAUCAUUGCAGUUGCUCGAGAGAUUUGAAAAUUUGAGUAUUCCCAGUAUGAAAGAUGCUAUUGAUUUUAAGUAUGAUCAGUUAUUUCAGCAGUUUGGUGUGGAAGUUAUCAAAGUCGGCAAGUUGUAUGAAAGAUUACGAGAAGAUCCCCCUGUGCAGCGUGAUUUACCACCAAUUUCUGGAAAGAUUGCUUGGGCGCGUCAACUAACAAGAAGGAUUCGUGAUCCAAUGAAUUAUUUUGAAAAGCACAUAUCCUCCAUGACUAAAAAGGAGUCUCUGCGAAUUAUUCACAAUUUUAAUAAGGUUGCACAAAUCCUUUUACAAUUUGAGAUGGUUUACAUGGAAGCAUGGUCUUGCGAUGUUACAGCCAUUAAAACAGGAUUGCAAGUAUCACUAAUCAUCCGAAACAAGGAGACCAAUACUUUGUUAGUUAAUUUUGACCCAUCAAUCACACAAUUGAUACGUGAAACAGACUGUAUGAUAAAAAUGGACAUCGAUGUACCUGAAGCUGCCAAGCAAGUUUACCAAAGACAAGAUCUAUUAAAGGAAUAUCAAGAUAAUUUAAAGAUGAUGAUUGACGAAUAUAUGCGUAUCAAGGCGUCUAUCCCAGCAAUAUUUUUACCAAUGCUCAAACCUCAUUUAAACAAGGUUGAAGCACAAAUUUCGCCAGGUCUUACUAUGCUGAGUUGGAAUUCUUUAAAGAUAAAUGAUUACAUCAGAAAUGUUUAUCAUCAUUUGAAUGAACUGGAGAUUCUAAAUAAACAAGUUAUGGACAUAAGAGAUUCCAGAAUUGAUUCUCUACUACAAAGUAUCAUCAAUACACAACUGUGUGAAGUACCUGGAGAUGUUCCAUGGACAGUUGAACAGUUUGAGAAAAGAACUAAUGAAAUGUGUAAUAUUGCAGCUACAAAAAUCGAAGCAACAAGUAGAAAGAUUGAGCAAGCGGUUGGUAAUAUCAUAGAAGUUUUUGCCAAUAAUUAUGAGAGAAUUAAAGAACGUUCAAAACCAAGAUGUCGACGUGAAGAGCCUGAUGUUGAAACUCCUGAGGAGAUUGCUUGGAAAGAACGAAUGAGGAUUCAAGAUGCAGAAUUAAAAGAAGAAAAUCAGGAAUUACUGAACACUUUUAGUAACCGAAUGGUUGACGCUUUAUUAAAAUGUGUGCGGAAUUCCCUUGAUCUUUUGAAGAGAAGGGUAUUUCAGGGUUCAAGUGGACAUCUUUAUGGUAAAUCCUAUUUAGCCAAAGAUUUGCCAGAUGCUAUGAAAAACUCUGUGGCAUCAUUUUUUAAGGCUGAUAUCAUUCUUUCAAUUCCCAAUGUCACAGUCCAGCCAUCUUUAGACGAUAUCCAACAAGCAUUGAACAAAGGUUACCAAAGCGUGUUAGAAGUAUGCAGAAGUGUUAAACAAUGGGAAAAACUAUACACAGAACAAACAGAUGCUUCUCCUAAACCAAGAAAUUAUCACAAGUAUGUUGCAGACCACAAAGAUGUAACAAAGUUGAUUGUAAUGCUUACAUCAGCAAUCAGUUCAGCAAAAGCUGAAGCAGCAAGGUGUGUCAAUCAUUUUAACACUUAUGCAUUUUUAUGGAAGGGCGACAGAGAAGAAGCUAUACAAGAAUUUCUAGCAUCUGAACCAAUUUUGUCAGAAUUCAAAGCAGAAAUUUUGAAGUAUCAAAAUUUAGAACAGGAAAUAUCAAAGAUUCCAGAUGCAUUUGCUAUUGGGCACAAGGCACUUCAACUUAAUUCUGAACCAAUUAAGUUGGCCUUAAAGGUUGAAGCUAAAAAUUGGAAAAUGGCGGUGGGUAGAAAUUUGAACUACAAGUAUCGAGGCAUACUUGAGGAUAUUGUGACAUUUGUUGGCGACUACUCCAGACGUCUUAUUCAUCCAAUUGAAGAUUUAGAUGAUGUACGAUUUGUAAUGGCCGCUCUAAAUGAUAUCCGUCAAAAUGAAAUAAGGAUUGACAUGUCACUUUCUCCUAUUGAAGAAGCGUACAGCAUGUUAAACAAAUUUGGAGUACAAUAUAAUAGAGAAGAGUCCGAAAAAGUUGACUCUCUGAGAUACUCUGUUCUAAAGCUUUUUAGACAAGCUUCCACGGUUCAAACUGAGCUGGUAAAGAUUCAACCGAAAUUCAAAGGCGGGUUACUAGAAGCAGUUGAAGGCUUCAAAGUAGAUUCUGAUGCAUAUUAUCAGGACUAUGACAAUCUUGGACCAAUGGUACCUGGAAUAAGUCCUCAAGAAGCAAGUGAUCGAUUAUCUUUAUUCCAGACACGGUUUGAUGAUUUAUGGCGUCGUUACCAAACCUAUUCUGGUGGAGAAGAAUUAUUUGGCUUGCCUAAAACAGAAUAUGAAGAUCUGGCUCGUAUUAAAAAAGAAUUGAGUCUGCUUCAAAAACUAUAUGGUUUAUAUAAUGCUGUGAUUGAUGGCGUUAAUGGCUAUUAUGAUAUUUUAUGGCACGAUGUUGACAUAGAAAAGAUCAAUAAUGAGCUAGUUGACUUUCAAAACAGGUGCCGUCGUUUGCCCAAAGCGUUAAAAGAAUGGGAUGCGUAUAAUGAACUAAAACAAAAGAUUGAUGAUUUCAAUGAAUGCUGUCCUCUGCUUGAGUUGAUGGCAAAUAAAGCAAUGAAGCAAAGGCAUUGGGAUAGGAUGGAACAACUUACUGGUCAUCACUUUGACAUAUUAAACGAAAAUUUUUGCUUGAGAAAUAUCAUGGAAGCUCCUUUGUUGAAACAUAAGGAAGAUAUUGAGGAUAUUUGCAUAUCAGCUGUGAAGGAAAAGGAUAUCGAGGCUAAGUUAUCACAAGUAGUAACUGAAUGGAAGGCUCAAGUUUUAUCAUUUGGUUCAUUCAAGACAAGAGGGGAAUUAUUAUUAAAAGGAGGAGAAACAAUGGAUAUAGUGUCAUUGCUGGAAGACAGCUUAAUGGUCCUGGGUUCUCUCAUGAGUAACAGGUAUAAUGCACCUUUUAAGAAAGACAUUCAGUUGUGGGUGCAGAAACUCUCCAACACUUCAGAUAUUAUUGAAAGCUGGAUGGUUGUUCAAAACUUGUGGGUUUAUUUGGAAGCAGUUUUUGUAGGUGGUGAUAUCGCUAAACAACUUCCAAAGGAAGCAAAACGAUUUCAAAACAUUGAUAAAUCAUGGGUGAAGAUUAUGACUCGUGCACACGAAACUCCAAAUGUAGUCACGUGUUGUGUGGGUGAUGAGACGAUGGGUCAAUUACUGCCGCACUUACUCGAGCAGUUGGAAGUUUGUCAGAAAUCUCUAACUGGUUAUUUAGAGAAGAAAAGAUUAUUAUUUCCGAGAUUCUUCUUUGUUUCUGAUCCUGCUUUACUUGAAAUUUUGGGACAAGCAAGUGAUUCGCAUACUAUUCAAGCUCACCUACUGGGUGUUUUUGACAAUACAAAGAGUGUGGAAUUUCAUGAAAAAGAUUACGAUAGUAUUAUUGCUAUCAUAUCAAGUGAAGGAGAAACCAUUCCUCUUGAAAAGAAAGUAGAUGCAAAAGGAAAUGUGGAAUUAUGGCUAACUGACCUAUUAAAAAAUGCUCAAUCAUCAUUGCACACUAUCAUACGAGAUGCAGCCGUUACAAUUAAAGAUCCCUCUUUUGAUAUGAUGAAUUUUUUCAACGUAUUUGCAUCACAGGUCGGUUUACUUGGAAUACAAAUGAUCUGGACAAGAGAUGCGGAGGAAGCAUUAAAAAACGCAAGGUCAGACAGAGGUGUUAUGAAGAAGACAAACCAAUACUUUCUCGAGAUGUUGAAUGCACUUAUUGAUGUCACGAUCCGUGACUUAACAAAGAUGGAAAGAACUAAAUUCGAAACACUUGUCACAAUUCACGUUCACCAACGUGAUAUUUUUGAUGACUUGGUCAAAAUGCACAUUCGAGAUGUUACGGACUUUGAAUGGUUAAAACAAUCUCGCUUCUACUUUCAAGAAGAAAAUGAUGCUUGCUUAGUUUCUAUAACAGAUGUUGAUUUCCACUAUCAGAAUGAAUUUUUAGGAUGUACCGACCGACUUGUCAUUACACCACUCACAGACAGGUGUUAUAUUACUAUUGCACAAGCAUUGGGAAUGUCGAUGGGUGCGGCUCCUGCUGGACCUGCUGGAACUGGAAAAACAGAAACUACGAAGGACAUGGGUAAAGCUUUAGGAAAAUAUGUGGUUGUAUUUAAUUGUUCUGAUCAGAUGGAUUUCAGAGGUUUGGGGAGAAUUUAUAAAGGCUUAGCUCAGAGUGGAGCAUGGGGAUGUUUCGAUGAAUUCAAUCGCAUUGAAUUGCCGGUGUUAUCAGUCGCAGCACAGCAAAUUUAUAUUGUUUUGACGGCCAAGAAAGAACGCAAACCCGAAUUUAUUUUCUCUGAUGGAGAUGUUGUGUCGCUUAAUCCAGAGUUUGGCAUUUUUUUAACCAUGAAUCCAGGCUAUGCAGGACGUCAGGAACUUCCUGAGAAUCUGAAAGUUCAGUUUCGUACUGUUGCUAUGAUGGUACCUGAUCGUCAAAUUAUCAUGCGUGUAAAACUUGCUAGUUGUGGUUUCUUAGAAAAUGUGAUCCUUGCGCAAAAAUUCUACACGUUGUAUAAAUUGUGUGAAGAGCAGCUGACGAAACAAGUACAUUAUGAUUUUGGUUUAAGAAAUAUCUUAUCAGUAUUGAGAACAUUAGGAGCAUCUAAAAGACAGAAUCCUGAUGACAGUGAAAGUACAACUGUUAUGAGAGUGUUGCGAGAUAUGAACCUGUCUAAAUUGGUUGAUGAGGACGAACCUUUAUUUUUAAGUUUGAUUAAUGAUUUGUUUCCUGGAAUUGUUCUUGAAAAAGCUGGGUAUCCAAGGAUGGAAGCAUCUAUUCAAAAGAACGUGGAAGAAAAUGGACUAGUGUAUCACCCACCUUGGGUGCUGAAGUUGAUUCAACUGUUUGAAACUCAGCGAGUUCGUCAUGGACUUAUGUGUUUGGGACCAAGUGGUGCUGGCAAAACUGUUUGUAUAAACAUGCUUAUGAAAGCACUUGGAGAUGCUGGUGAACCUCACCGUGAGUUGCGUAUGAAUCCGAAAGCUAUCACAGCACCACAAAUGUUUGGUAGACUUGAUGCUGCUACCAAUGAUUGGACAGAUGGUAUUUUCUCUACAUUAUGGAGGAAAACAUUAAAGACUAAAGCAGGAGAAAAAGUUUGGCUUAUUCUUGAUGGGCCAGUGGAUGCCAUUUGGAUUGAAAAUUUAAACUCAGUGCUUGAUGACAAUAAAACAUUGACACUUGCAAAUGGUGAUCGAAUUCCCAUGUCACCGUGUUGUAAGAUCUUAUUUGAAGUGCAUAAUGUUGAUAAUGCAUCACCAGCUACUGUGUCAAGAGUGGGGAUGGUGUUUAUGAGUUCGUCAAUUCUCGAUUGGAGACCAUUUUUGGAGGGUUGGUUGAAAUCUAAAUGCUCACCACAAGAAGCUGAUUUGAUUCAACAGACAUUUAAUAAUGUUUUUGAUGGUUUGUUAGCCAUUCUUUAUCAGACACUCAAUCCUAAAAUGGAUCUGCUACAGAUCAAUGUUGUAAAGCAGGCGAUUGAUUUAUUGGAUGGUUUAAUACCAAACCGAGUAGAACAUGGUGCUUUACCGACUGCUCAUUUAAACAAACUAAUUGUGUUUGCUUUAAUGUGGAGUGCUGGUGCGCUGUUGGAGUUGGACGAUCGUGUAAAGAUGGAAGCACAUAUGCGUUCAUUGAAGUGUUUAGAUCUUCCUGUCAUAUCUGCAGAUUCUGGUGAAACCAUAUUUGAAUAUGUUGUGGAUGAUAAUGGUGAGUGGGAACAUUGGCGUAAUCGCGUUCAAGAAUACAUCUAUCCCUCAGAUAGCAAGCCUGAAUACUCUUCUAUUUUGGUACCGAAUGUUGACAAUGUGUGUACAGACUUCCUUACACAUACCAUUGCAAAGCAAGGAAAGUCUGUGCUACUAAUUGGAGAACAAGGUACUGCCAAGACUGUCAUGGUGAAAGGUUAUAUGUCCAAGUAUGAUCCAGAACAACAUAUGAGCAAAGCAUUUGCAUUCUCUUCUGCUAGUACACCAGAUUUAUUUCAGAGAACCGUGGAAAGCUAUGUUGACAAACGUGUUGGUACGACCUAUGGUCCGCCUGCUGGAAGAAAAAUGACUGUCUUUGUUGAUGACAUCAACAUGCCCAUCAUUAAUGAAUGGGGAGAUCAGAUCACUAAUGAAAUCACACGGCAAACAAUGGAAAUGGGUGGUUUCUAUAACCUUGAUAAACCUGGUGAAUUUACAACAAUUGUGGAUAUUCAAUUCAUUGGUGCUAUGAUACACCCAGGAGGAGGACGAAAUGACAUACCUCAGCGAUUAAAGAGACAGUUCUCAGUAUUUAACUGUACACUUCCAUCAAAUGCAUCCAUUGAUAAAAUCUUUGGCAUUAUUGGAUGUGGUUGGUUUUGCCCGGCUCGUUUUGAACCUGGAAUUUGUGAGAUGGCAGAAAAACUUGUGUCGUGCACACGCACAUUGUGGCAGAAAACGAAGAUUAAAAUGUUGCCAACUCCUGCAAAGUUUCAUUACGUGUUCAAUUUACGUGAUUUGUCUCGUAUUUGGGAAGGCAUGUUGAACAUUUCAAGUGAUGGUGCUAGUGAAGCUAAAACAUUGUUAAAUUUAUGGAAGCACGAAUGCACCAGAGUAAUUGCAGAUAGGUUUACUAAUGAGGAGGAUAAGGUUUGGUAUGAAAAAUGCAUGACAAUAUCUGUAUGUGAAGAAAUUGGUGAGGAUGUUGCAGAAAUGUUAGACAAGGAACCAUUUUUUGUUGAUUUCUUGAGAGACGCGCCGGAACCUACAGGUGACGAGGGAGAAGAUGUUGAUUUAGAUGCGCCGAAAGUGUACGAACAGGUUCCAGAUUUAAACUUCUUAUCUGAUAAACUGGGAUUUUACAUGGCACAGUACAAUGAAAUGGUGCGCGGUGGAUCGUUAGAUCUCGUGUUCUUUAAAGAUGCGAUGGUACAUUUAGUUAAGAUAUCAAGAAUCAUUCGAACAGCACGUGGCAACGCUCUACUAGUCGGCGUCGGAGGGUCAGGAAAGCAAUCUUUAACAAGACUAGCAUCGUUUAUUGCUGGUUACAAAAACUUUCAAAUCACUUUGACUCGAUCAUACAACCAAACUAACUUGAUGGACGAUCUAAAAUACUUGUAUCGGGUUGCUGGUGGUGAAGGGAAUGGGAUCACUUUUAUUUUUACUGACAACGAAAUCAAAAGUGAAGGUUUCUUAGAAUUCAUUAACAACGUGUUGUCGUCUGGAGAGGUUUCAAAUCUGUUUGCGAGAGAUGAAUUGGACGAGAUAACUAAUGAUUUAGUGGCUGUCAUGAAGAAAGAACAUCCAAGGAUUCCGCCUACACAAGAUAAUCUUUACAAUUACUUUAUAUCACGUGCUAGAAAUAACCUUCAUGUUGUGCUUUGCUUCUCACCUGUUGGCGAUAAAUUCCGCACGAGAGCAUUAAAGUUUCCAGGUCUGAUCAGUGGAUGCACUAUGGAUUGGUUCAGUCGAUGGCCAAAAGACGCUCUUAUUGCUGUAGCUGAUUACUUCUUGUCUAAAUUUGACAUAGUGUGUACUGCAGAAACUAAACAUUCAGUUGUGGAGACUAUGGGUGUGAUUCAUGAUGGUGUAGCUGAGUCUUGUGUAGAUUACUUUGAGAGAUUCCGUCGACAAACGCAUGUUACGCCAAAGUCUUACCUCUCUUUUAUUGACGGCUACAAAAACAUUUAUGCGGAGAAAAAAUCAGAAAUAGGCGAACUUGCAGGACGCAUGAAAACAGGUCUUGAUAAACUAAUCGAGGCAACAGAAUCCGUGGCCGAACUAUCUAAAGAAUUAGUGGUCAAGGAAAAAGAUUUGCAGGUUGCGUCUGUGAAGGCGGAUAAGGUUUUGAAGGAGGUGACUGAGAAGGCUCAAGCAGCUGAAAAAGUGAAAGCUGACGUACAGAAAGUAAAAGACAAGGCGCAAUCGAUUGUGGAAGAAAUUGAAGUUGAUAAAGCGUUUGCUAUGGACAAAUUAGAAGCAGCAAGACCUGCUCUUGAAGAAGCAGAAAGAGCCCUGCAAACGAUUAAACCUGCACAUAUAUCAACCGUACGAAAGUUGGCCAAACCGCCCCAUCUUAUCAUGAGAAUUAUGGAUGCUGCUCUCAUAUUAUUUCGCCGUCCUCUUAAUCCUGUUGUUGCUGAUCCAGCUUAUCCAUGUCCUACACCGUCCUGGGCAGAAUCAUUAAAAUUGAUGAGCUCGUCAACCUUCUUGCAAGGCUUAAUGACAUUCGAUAAAGACACGAUUACAGAAGAAAUGGUGGAACUUUUAGAUCCGUACUUAUUGAUGCCGGAUUAUACUUUAGAGGGAGCUAAAAAGAGUUGCGGUGAUGUAGCUGGUCUCCUGCAGUGGACAAAAGCUAUGUCCUUCUUCUAUGGUGUCAACAAGGAGGUGCUACCACUAAAGGCUAACUUGAUUGUGCAAGAAGCUAAACUGAAUAUUGCGCAAGCAGAUUUAAAUGCAGCGCAAGCCACACUUGAUGAGAAGCAGGCUGAACUCGACGAAGUGCAAGCUAUGUAUGAUGCUGCGAUGAAAGAAAAACAGGACUUGCUAGAUGAUGCUGAGAGUUGUAAGAAAAAGAUGGAAGCAGCUUCCCAAUUAAUUGAUGGACUCAGCGGUGAGAGAGUUCGAUGGACACAACAAAGUAAGGAAUUUCAAGCACAAAUCGGAAGACUUGUCGGCGAUGUAUUGCUCGCUACUGGUUUUUUGUCAUACUCUGGUCCUUUCAAUCAAGCGUUUCGAACGAAGCUGCGAAACAAUUGGCAAUCGAAACUGAAAAAAAAGAAAAUUCCAUAUUCUGAAGACCUGAACAUUACAGCAAUGCUUGUCGAUAACGCCACAAUUGGAGAGUGGAAUUUGCAAGGUUUGCCAAACGAUGAUUUGUCUAUUCAAAAUGGUAUCAUUGUAACGAAGGCAACUCGCUAUCCUUUGUUGAUUGACCCUCAAACGCAGGGUAAAUCAUGGAUCAAAAACAAAGAAAAAAAUAAUGAAUUACAGGUGUCCACGUUGAAUCACAAAUAUUUUCGAACUCACUUAGAAGAUUGCCUAUCACUUGGUCGACCCCUUUUAUUGGAAGACAUCGGCGAAGAACUUGACCCAGCACUUGAUAACGUAUUGGAAAAGAAUUUUAUUAAAUCUGGUAGUACCUUUAAGGUGAAAGUUGGCGACAAGGAGUGUGACGUCAUGAAUGGAUUUCGUUUGUAUCUUACGACCAAACUUGGUAAUCCCGCCUACACACCCGAGGUCAGUGCUCGCACGGCUAUUAUCGACUUUACUGUCACCAUGAAAGGUCUGGAAGAUCAGCUACUUGGUCGUGUCAUCAAUACAGAGAAACAGGAGUUAGAAUCCGAGAGAGUGAAACUCAUGGAAGAUGUGACAGCAAAUAAAAGAAAGAUGAAAGAGUUAGAAGAUAAUCUGCUCUACCGUUUAACAAGUACUCAAGGUUCACUUGUCGAAGAUGAAUCAUUAGUUGCUGUGUUAAAAACCACCAAAGAAACUGCUCAAGAAGUCAGCGAGAAGUUAAUUAUUGCAAGUGAGACGGAGAUCAAAAUCAAUGUGGCACGAGAAGAGUUUCGACCGGUCGCAACUCGCGGUAGCAUUUUGUAUUUCUUAGUUGUUGAGAUGAGUAUGGUGAAUAUUAUGUAUCAAACAUCACUUCAACAGUUCUUGCAACUUUUUGAUUCCUCUAUGGCAAAGUCAGAUAAGUCACCGAUUACAACGAAGAGGAUAACAAACAUUAUUGAUUAUCUGACGUUCGAAGUUUUCAAAUAUGCUGCACGUGGGUUGUAUGAGAAAGACAAGUUCAUGUACACUAUACUGCUCUCACUGAAAAUUGAUUUAGAGAAGGGCACAGUGAAACACGAAGAAUUUCAGUCGUUUAUUAAGGGUGGAGCAGCGUUGGAUUUGAAAACAGUUCAGCCGAAACCAUAUAAGUGGAUAUCAGAUAUGACAUGGCUUAACUUAGUGCAGCUUAGCAAGUUACCGACUUUCGGAGGAAUCUUAGAUCAGGUUACACGAAACGAAUCUGCAUGGAAACAUUGGUUUGACAAAGAUGCACCAGAAGACCACCCUAUUCCAGAUGGCUACCAAACAUCCCUGGACACAUUUCGAAAGUUACUUUUAAUCAGGUCGUGGUGUCCAGACCGAACACUUUUUCAAGCCAGAAGAUACAUUGCAGAGGCGAUGGGUGAGAAAUUCGCCGAAGGAGUCAUAUUAAAUUUGGAGGCCACUUGGGAGGAGAGUGACAUACACACUCCCCUGAUUGGUUUACUGUCAAUGGGUUCCGAUCCAACCAGUGCUAUAGAAGGACUUGCAAAGAGACAUGGCAUUGAAUGUCGUGCGAUCUCGAUGGGACAAGGCCAAGAGGUUCACGCGCGAAGAUUGUUGCAACAGAGCUGCACUGGUGGUGGUUGGGUCCUUUUACAAAACUGUCAUCUUGGACUUGAUUUCAUGGAUGAACUGUUAGAAUACGUUUUAACUCUUGCAUCUGCUCACGAUUCGUUUCGUAUUUGGAUCACCACCGAGGUUCAUCCGAAAUUUCCGAUCGGAUUGCUGCAGACGUCGAUCAAGUUUACAAACGAACCUCCGCAAGGUGUCAAAGCCGGUCUGAAGAGAACUUACGCAGGUGUUACACAGGAUCAACUCGAUAUUUGUGCAAUGAAACAGUGGAAACCUAUGUUAUACGCUGUAGCAUUUUUGCAUACUUGUGUUCAGGAAAGACGAAAGUUUGGUCCACUUGGUUGGAACAUUCCCUAUGAAUUCAACCAAUCAGAUCUUACAGCGACUGUGCAAUUCGUUCAGAAUCAUUUAGAUGAUUUGGAUCAUAACUCUAGCGUGUCUUGGAACACAGUACGUUAUAUGAUUGGUGAAGUACAAUAUGGUGGUAGAGUGACAGAUGACUAUGAUAAGAGGUUGUUAAAUACUUAUGCAAAGGUUUGGUUUUGUAACGAGAUGUUCGCAGAUUCGUUCUGCUUCUUCAAAGGAUAUAACAUUCCCAAGUGUAACAAUAUAAACGAAUUUAAGGACGCGAUUAAUAAACUACCUGCUAUGGACACCCCAGAGGUGUUUGGUCUCCAUCCUAAUGCUGACAUAACGUACCAAACCAACACAACCAAAGAAACGUUGGAAACAAUUCUAAACAUUCAACCUAAGGAUAGUGGAGGUGGUUCUGGUGAAACAAGAGAGGGAAUUGUGAUGAGACAAGCUCAAGAUAUGUUGUCAAGAUUACCUGUUGAUUACGUACCACACGAAGUUCGUGCUUGUUUACAAAAAAUGGGUGCUUUAACACCACUGAACAUUUUUUUGCGUCAAGAGAUUGAUCGUAUGCAACGUGUUAUCACAGUUGUUCGUAACACGCUUACUGAUUUGCAACUUGCUAUCGAAGGAACUAUUAUAAUGAGUGAAAAUUUGCGUGAUGCGCUUGAUAAUAUAUUCGACGCAAGAGUUCCAAGACUCUGGGAAAAGAUCUCUUGGGCUUCAUCAACUAUUGGUUUUUGGUAUACGGAAUUGAUUGAACGAAAUCAACAGUUUUCUAAAUGGGUGUUCAAAGGACGUCCAAGAGUGUUUUGGAUGACUGGUUUCUUCAAUCCGCAAGGUUUUCUUACUGCAAUGAGACAGGAAGUGACUCGCGCCCACAAAGGUUGGGCGUUAGAUUCUGUUGUGUUGCACAACGAUGUUGUGAAGCAGAUGAAAGAGGACAUCACAAGUGCUCCUGCGGAGGGAGUCUAUGUCCACGGUUUAUAUUUGGAUGGUGCAUCUUGGGAUCGUAAGAAUUGCAAAUUGACGGAAUCUGCACCGAAGACAUUAUUUUCGCUGUUACCAGUGGUUCAUGUUUAUGCAAUCAAUAACACGGGACCAAAAGAUCCACGAUUAUACAUGUGUCCUGUUUACAAGAAGCCACGACGUACAGAUCUAACGUACAUCACUCCGUUGUGGUUACGUACAACACAAAGUCCAGAUCAUUGGAUUUUAAGAGGCGUUGCCUUGCUAUGUGAUAUCAAAUAAAAACUGAUACAUUGACAAUUUAAAUAUAAUAGUUCUAAAACUUUGUUAAGUAGCAUUUCCCUUUUAUAAAUUCCAACUGAAAAUAAUUUGUAUAUAGUGUAUCUGAAAAAACGCGUAAUUGAA